CAACCAAGAUUUGGUCGUAACAAGAGCAAUUUAAGAAUUGGCCAUUGAUUGUCUGGAAGCGGGAGUUUUCCAGAAUUUUCGCAAAUAGCGUUGGAAAUAUCCAUGAGCCACCCACUGGUGACUACCAAGACCCGCCCCAGUUGCUAUCCCAAGCUCCCAGAGGAAGAGGCCAUCCAGCGCCGUACGAAAAAAUCAUCUCGCACGGAUUCCGAAAAACUCAAAAUUCGGCUCGACCUGCAAGAUCUAACGGGGCAGCCAGCCAGCCAGCCGAGGCAUCGUCCUAGAAAAAUCACAACUAUUCCCGAGCAGGCAAUUGAAGAUCUUGUCUGUGCUCGUAUACUAACUAGGUGGCUAGCCACGUUGUGGCCACUAAAUUAUGUCAUUGGAGACACCGUGCGGGCUACUAUCUCUAAGCCAUCGAUGGAGUCCGUUUCGCCUUCAUUAAGCCGAAGCCCUAGGUCGGGUUCCUACUGGUAUUCUUCUCCAGAAUACAACAUUACACGUCGAUUGCAUGAUUCAAUGACCCCACGUACCAGAAGCACACAUAUAUAUCACAGACGCGGAUAUAGGAUUGUCUGUGUUACAUAUACAGACAAUCCUAGUAUAGCUACAUAACGAAUCCUAGUACAAGAAGGGCACUGCAUUACUGCUACUCACUUCUGAAAGCACA